UAACGCAGCAGCAGAGUUCUGGACCAGUCGGACUAUGAGGGACGUUUGUGGUAGACCAACCAGAAGUGAAUUUUAGUUAAUUGAAAGGGGGUUAGAGAGGGUGAAGGCGAUUGAUGUUGAAAUGCAUUAAUGAUGACAAAAACUUACAGGACAGCUCUAGUGUGUUCUCCUUUUUUCUUGAAGCAUUUCUAAGGUAUGGGAUCGGGACCCGGUAUCGGCAGAUUCUUAAAUCAAAUGGCUCUGAGUCGGAUCUGGAGCUAAACAAACAUGAUCCAAACAUCCCCAAGAACAACGUUGUCCUGAAUGAUCUCAGCUGAGUAGCAGCUUUGUGGACCCACAGAUGAACGCGUCGGACCCGCUCUUGGAUAUUGCAGUGGGCAGACUCAGCUGAAGGUCAUGACUGAGCAAGAGGAACCUCGAGUCACAGCCAGGAUCAUCAGAAGCUGGAACGAGAAGCUCGGAUCUGCCGUCUGCUUAAACAUUCGAAUAUUGUGCGACUCCAUGACAGCAUAUCAGAGGAGGGAUUCCACUAUCUGGUCUUUGAUUUAGUUACCGGAGGUGAGCUGUUUGAGGACAUUGUUGCCAGAGAGUACUAUAGUGAAGCUGAUGCCAGUCAUUGCAUUCAGCAGAUCCUAGAGGCUGUUCUUCACUGCCACCAGAUGGGCGUGGUUCACCGUGACCUCAAGCCAGAGAAUCUGCUCCUAGCCAGCAAGUUGAAGGGGGCAGCGGUUAAGCUGGCAGAUUUUGGUCUGGCUAUAGAGGUGCAGGGAGACCAGCAGGCAUGGUUCGGUUUUGCUGGUACACCGGGUUACUUGUCUCCAGAGGUGCUGAGGAAAGAGCCUUAUGGUAAACCUGUUGACAUGUGGGCCUGCGGUGUGAUCCUCUACAUUCUUCUUGUCGGAUAUCCUCCAUUCUGGGACGAGGACCAGCACAGACUCUACCAGCAGAUUAAAACUGGAGCUUACGAUUUCCCAUCUCCAGAGUGGGACACAGUGACACCAGAGGCCAAAGACCUGAUCAUCAAGAUGCUGACCAUUAACACCUCUAGGAGAAUCACGGCUACAGAUGCUCUCAAACACCCCUGGAUCUGUCAACGCUCCACUGUGGCCUCAAUGAUGCACAGACAGGAGACGGUGGAUUGCCUCAAGAAAUUCAACGCAAGGAGAAAACUCAAGGGAGCCAUCCUGACUACGAUGCUCGCCACUCGUAACUUCUCAGCAGGCAAGAGUCUGCUGGCCAAAAAAACAGAUGGUGUCAAAAUCAACAACAAGACUAAUGUGGUCACCAGCCCCAAAGAGCCUGCCCCCACUCCUUCUCUGGAGCCUCAAACAACAGUUAUCCACAACCCAACUGAUGGAAACAAGGAGUCCAGUGAGAGCGCUAACACUACCAUCGAGGACGAGGAUGCGAGAGCUCGUAAACAGGAGAUCAUCAAGGUGACAGAACAGCUGAUCGAGGCCAUCAACAAUGGAGACUUUGAGGCGUACACGAAGAUAUGCGAUCCAGGUAUCACGUCCUUUGAGCCUGAAGCUUUGGGCAACUUGGUUGAGGGCACCGAUUUCCAUCGCUUCUACUUUGAGAACGCUCUGUCUAAAGCGAAGCUACACAUCCACACCAUCCUACUCAACCCUCAUGUCCACCUGAUCGGAGACGAGGCCGCCUGCAUCGCCUACAUCCGCCUCACUCAGUACAUGGACAGCAACGGCAUGCCUCGCACCAUGCAGUCCGAGGAGACGCGCAUCUGGCACCGCCGCGACGGCAAGUGGCAGAACAUCCACCUGCACCGCUCGGGCUCCCCCACGGUUCCCACCAACUGAGACGACCUUCUUCCACUACAGCUGACCAGACCCCGCCUACCACAUGGCCAAUCCCUGCCCUCCUCUGCUAGAGCUCCGCCCUCAGUGUGUUGUUUACAUGUUUGCUGCUGUUGGACAUAUUGUGCAUGUGUGACGGCCAACAGGAGUGACACGAGGGACGUUGGCUUGUAGUGAGAACACGUGACGUUCGUCUCAGCAGCUUUUAUCAGGUUUUCUUUGACUUUGUUUAGAUUUGUAUGUUUUAAUAGAAGGAACUUAUUGUUUAUUUUUCUAGGCUGGUGUAACGUGUGACUUUAUCAGCUGUUGUGAGGUAAUCGCCUUUAGGCCCAGUGACCGAUGUAUCACCUUUGCUUUUUACUCUCCAGAGCUUCCACGUAUUUCCGCACAGACAGGCUAGCUUUGUUUCCGUGAGAUCAGGUUUCAGUAAUUUGGUGUAUUUUCUUCUUUUUGCUUGCUCUCCAACAGCAUCCACGAGUUGAGAUCUCUCUUCUUCGGUUUGCUGCUGGCAACACGUUUACUUGGCGUUUUGCAGGUGUGCGUGUGUGUGUGUGUGUGUGUGUGAGUGUGCGCUCGUUCCAUCGUCACAGCAGCCUUAGAGGCCAUUCUGAGUCCUUUUUUCACACCAGGAGGGAAUGAUGUGAAUUUUAUUGGUUCUUUGAUGUUUACGUUUUAUAUUGCGAUAUUGAUGCUUCUCCCUCAGUUUUAUCUGAUUCCCUCCUUUUCGGUGGGGUGAACUGGUGCUUGCCAAUGAAACAGCAGAAUCCGUCGCAUCAAACAUCCACUUUCUGAGUUUUUCUGUGGGAACCGGAGUUUUAGCUGGAUAAAUAAGCACCGUCACCAUUGGUCUAAACAUGUUGCGCAAUUAUUUUAUGCUACAUGAAGGGGGGGUGGGGGGCUGAAAGGGGGUUAAAGUUGUGCUCAGUUAGAAAACCAUCAUCGUAUACGUUGUUUUCACCUUUACAAACGGUUGAUGGGAUGUUGGUGUUUAAUGUUCUGAUGGGACGAGUGUGUGUGUUCAAGGAAAUCUGAAAUAAAAUGACAUUUAUGCCAAA